UUGCCCCUCUGGCUGUGAGGGAGGAGUCGGAGGGGAUAUAUAAAGAAGGCAGGAUUUACAGCCCACAUUAUAGUUUCUUCUGCUUGAACCUAAAGUCGCCAUGUUGCGCUUCAUCUGCCUAUUCCUGCUCUAUGCCGGAGCCAUUGCAGAACUGCCAUGUACAGUUAUGCCUGGGAAGCUGAAGCAGUUGGACGCAGGCAAUGGAGAAGUCUACGGGGUGGCAGAUGAUGAAACUAUUUACUUCUUGCACUCAAACCAGUGGGCACAGAUUGAAGGAAGGCUCAUUCACGUGACUGUGGGACCAGCGGGAGUUUGGGGAGUCAACAAAGAUAACUACAUUUACAGGCUGAAGAAUUACAACUGGAUAGAAGUAUCAGGACGUUUGAAGCAGAUAGAUGCUGGGGGUGAUAUAUUCAUCUCAGGAGCCAAUGCAGACGAUGACAUUUACUGUGUGAACCAGGAUCCAAACACCUUCCCUGCAAAUUCCUUACCCUAUGUCCAAAUUAAAGGGAAGCUGAAGCAUUAUGCCUGUGGUCCUCUUGGAUGCUGGGGAAUCAACAGUGACAAUGAGAUCUAUUAUCGCAACCAUGUGACCCCAAGCUCAUGCGAGGGUACAGCAUGGAGUAGGAUGGAAGGCAGCCUGAUCAUGGUGGAGGUUGGAACUGAUGGCUCAGUCUUUGGCGUCAACUCAGAAGGCUCAGUGUACAAAAGAGACGGGAUCUCCCCCAAGAACCCCAGAGGAACAUCAUGGACUCAGAUAGACGUCUUUAACAGCUUUAAGUACGUCAGCUACGAUGCCGGGUUCCUGUGGCUCAUUAGUGACAACGGACGCAUUUUCAAAUGCGAAUAUCCUGAAUCCAUGCUGCCCAAUUUGUUAUCAAAUGUAUGAAAUCCCACAAUAACUCUUAUAAUAAAGCAACAUUAUGGGCGGUAGUUCUGUGAUUUAGGCAGGACUAUUUCUAUGGGAAAUCUUAGUAAAUCAUUUUGGCUAAUGGGGGUCCAUGAUGUUGGGUGACACAGUAAAGGUUCGAACUUGAUGUGCAGUUGCAUAUUUUUCAAGCCAAAUCAACAAUAUAACAAUGUAAGAACUGAUCCUUUCAAUAAACGUUAUCAUUCAUUUGUUAUCACAA